CAGCCAGUCGAGGCCGAGGCGAUGCAUCUCAGCAGCUCCAAGAGCGGCGUAGUCCUGGCUCCGGUGUCCCGAGGUCCCGAUGCCUGUCAGAUGGCGACCAGAGCCCAGCUCGGCCAGGACCCCCCGCAAAGGACAGUGCUAGGGGUGCUGACCGAGAAUGUGCAGUACCGGAGCGGCCAGGGGAUCCCCACGGUGAGGUACUUCUCGGGGUCGGAGAAUGCCUUCCCCGCGGCCGCACCGAAAGCCCAGGCCGCCUGCGGGGCCCACGUCCCGGCCAGGGCGGGGUUCGACGUCCACAUGGCCGAGCCGGAGGACGGCCCCGGCGGCACUGGCAGCGACGGGGCGGCCUCUGGGGACACGUACGAGGUGGACACCAGCGCACUGAAGUCAGACCUGCACUUCCUGCUGGACUUCAGCGCCGUGUCCCCCAUGCUGGUGGACGCCGCGCUCCACUCCCCGGCCGAGGCGGCGUCCGACUGGGGCGCCGACGUGAUCAGCGUGGCGGAGUACGCGGAGGAGAUCCACCAGUACCUGCGAGAGGCUGAGACGCGGCACCGGCCCAAGGCGCACUACCUGCGGAAGCAGCCCGACAUCACGGACGGCAUGCGCCGCAUCCUGGUGGACUGGCUGGUGGAGGUGGCCGAGGAGUACCAGCUGCGCGCCGAGACCCUCUACCUGGCCGUCAACUUCCUGGACCGCUUCCUGUCCUGCAUGUCUGUCCUGAGAGGCAAGCUGCAGCUCGUGGGGACGGCGGCCAUCCUCCUGGCCGCGAAGUACGAAGAGAUCUACCCGCCCGAGGUGGACGAGUUCGUCUACAUAACAGACGACACGUACACGAAGCGGCAGCUGCUGAGGAUGGAGCACCUGCUCCUGAAGGUGCUGGCCUUCGACCUGACCGUGCCCACCGCCCACCAGUUCCUGCUGCAGUACCUGCGGCGGCAGGGGGUGUGCGGCAGGACCGAGAACCUGGCCAAGUACGUCGCAGAGCUGAGUCUGCUCGAGGCCGACCCGUUCCUGAAGUACCUGCCUUCCCUGAUCGCGGCGGCGGCCUACUGCCUGGCGAACUACACCGUCAACAGGCACUUCUGGCCGGAGACCCUGGCCGCCUUCACGGGCUACUCGCUGAGCGAGAUCGGGCCCUGCCUGAGCGAGCUGCACAGGGCCUGCCUGGACGCGCCGCGCCGGCCCCAGCAAGCCGUCCGGGAGAAGUACAAGGCCUCCAAGUACCUGCACGUGUCCCUGCUGGAGCCGCCGGCCGUCCUCCCCCUGCAGUGAGCGGCGGGGCUGCAGCGCCUGCGGAGGGAGCCCCCGGACCAGCGGACCAUCCCGGCUUCCAUGGGUUUCCGCAGAUCGGAUCAACUGGGGUCGCUUUCACAGAGACGACCUAUUUUUAGAAAAUGUAAAUGCAUUCAGGUUCUCUUAGAUGUAGUAGCUUGUAAAAUAGUCUGACACUUUUAAA